AUGAGUGUUUCUUAUGCAGUGGCUGCAGGUUCAAAUCAAAGUGAACCCCAACUACCACUUUGUCCAUACUUUGAGAUGGGCGAAUGUAAUAACGAAAAUUGCCAAUUUGUUCAUGGGCUCAUUUGCGAUAUGUGUUCGCGUGCCUGCAUCCAUCCAUACGAUGAAAAGCAGCAGAAGCAGCACUUUGCGGUCAGAUUUUUCUCUUCAUCAAUAAUUGACUUCUAUCUUAUGGUUCAGGAAUGCUUGCAACAGCAUGAAAUGGCUAUGGAGCAAGCAUUCGCGGAGGCUAAAGGUAAGGGGAAAUGCUGUGGAAUAUGCAUGGAAAAUAUCAUGGAGAAGUCCCUAAGAUUUGGAAUUUUGGAAAAUUGUCGCCAUUGUUUCUGCUUAGAUUGCAUUCGAGAAUGGAGGCGAAAUCAAACAUUUGAUACUGAAGUUGUAAGAUCUUGUCCGGAAUGUCGACAGCAUAGUAAUUUUGUGAUUCCGUCUAUUCUAUGGGUAGAGGAUGAGGAAGAGAAGCGAAUUUUAUUCGAAGUUUAUCGAAACAAUAUGGCGCAGAAACAAUGCAAAUACUAUAAGGUACAGAAUGCG